GGGUGACAAUUAACUUAAACAAACAAAUUGGUGAAACAAUUAUUAUUAUUAUUAUUAUUAUUAUUAUUAUUAUUAUUAGACAACAAUGAGUGACACUAAAGAUAAGUUAUCGGACACCAGGUCUAUAGUCUUGGGCGGCAAUCGUUGGUUUGAUAGAUAUGUAGAUAUCUGUAAAUCCAUUCACAGGUCAUCAUCGAUAGUAGACAUCAUCGAUGGUGUUAGUGUUGGUGGUAAUGGUGAUGAUGGCAGUCAUACCAAUGACUCUGAACUAUAUCUGGACGUCCUUAAGGAUCUGUGCAACGAUAGUAUUGGCGACAAUCUGGUUAUACAUUUGUUGUCAUGCAUUGAACAAAUGGUACCCAACUUUGAUAAUAUCGAUAAAGUGGAGCAAACGGCCGGUUCAUUGCUUAACAUAUAUCAGACAUCCACGAGAAGUGAUUCAAUCCGACAAAAAUAUUUGAUUACCACAACUGUUAUAAUUACAUAUCACUCACAAAUGUCAGACGGCAAUUGGUCUCUAAAACGAUUAUUUGAUAGUUUUAUUGAGAUAUUAAUUAAAAAUGCAGAAACAUCUCAAAUAUCGUUAAUUGGUUUGUCAUCGGCUGAAUGCUUGAGAGAGAUCGGGAGCACAACACCUGCAUUACUCUAUGAGGCAUACAAUUCAAGACAAUUGAGAAGACAUCAGACACUGAUAAUGAGUUCGCUAAUGAAGAGCAGCACAUGUAUGACAAACGAUGACAUCCAGCAUAUCAUACAAUGUUUGCCGACAAUGAAAUCCAUUGAUUUAUAUCAUACACUUAGUCUAAUCUAUGAUACAAUUGAGGCACAAAACUAUCACCAAUUAUUGUCGCCAAUGAUUUUCAAACCAUAUUUAACACAAUUAAUAGUCAGCACUGAAGUACACGGCUUUCAUUUGUCACUCAAGUUGUUCCAGUCGUUCGGUUUGGAACUGUUCUCGACUACUGAAGAACAGCUACUGAUCAGACAGUUGUUUAUAGUGGCCACACAUCCAUCGCUAUCGAUAGCCCAUCGGCUACUAAUCCUUGACUAUACACGCAGUAUAGUAUCUAAACUGAACCUGCAAUCGAUUGAUUGGUCUAAUCUAGAGAUAACCGGUUUCGAUGGUCCGGACAGUCAGGAAAAGAAGUUAGCGGUACUGAUCGAAACUCAGGGAAUGGAUAAUCAAAAUUUGUUGGUCUGUUUGAAGCCAUUGAUUAAGCGUAGUCUGACCGGCAAUUUUAGGGCUAGUAAUUCAUUUUACCGGACCAUAGAUCAUAUGUUAGCUAAACGGCCGGACAUUACCCCGGAUAUACAGGAUGUACUGAUUUCAGUCAUAUUCAAACUACCCGAUCCUCAUAUAAGACGAUCGUUAGUACUGUUCGAUGUCUAUAGAGAUCUGGCCAAAGGAACCGUACAUAAACUGAUUGCUAACUUAUCUAACAUACCCUUAGCUGACGGUUUCAAAUCGGUUACCGAAUACAUGCACUUUAUGUCAGCUUUCGAUUGGAUAUUCAAACACAAAGAUCUUGAACUAAAUGAAAAACAAUUAGAAAUAUUACUACAAUUAAUCAAUAGUUAUUCAAAACGAUGGCCAACAGAGACCAGCGGUCGUACCAUUGAUUGUUGUACAGCCUGUCUGUAUAAUCAGCCGAUUAGCGGAUCAGUUAAGCAAUUGUUAGUUAUUAUACUACAGUGGCUAAUGAAUGAUCGGAAAAAUGAUUUAUCGAUAACAAGUUUAGCUCAGAUCUAUAUACUGGCCUUAAAUACAUUGGACGACGACAUACGUAUCAAAAAGGUUUUUACAAACAGUGACGACCAGUCAAACACUGGCGAAGAAGAUAUUGUGGAAAAUUUGUCGGCAAAUAUACCGUUCAGUUUGACCAGAGUUACCGAUAAUAAUAACGAGACGACGACUACUACUACUACUACUACUACACGAAAGAAACAAAAACUAAAUGAAAAACCUUAUUGUCUGACAAUUAUGUUUGAACUGAACAUCAAUGAAGAAUACAGACAACAAUUUCAGCGAAUCUAUGGCCUAAUACUGUCGUUUGUUUCAUCAGAUGAUACCGUAGUCCACGAACAGGCAAUACCUGUAUUGAAAUCAAACGACAAACAACUAGUUUGUCUGAAAUUGCAUUCAUUGGUCAAAAAACCUCUAGAGUUGACAGUAUCGGCAGUUUUCAAUGACUUCAGGGGUACUAACUAUCGAUGCGAUCACUUCUACAGAUAUACCGUAUCGUUGAAAGACUUAUUACUGCCAAUUGAUUUGCAAAACACUGAACUAUUUGAUCAAUUGUGUCAAUCGGUACUCAAAAGUGACGAUUCAAUGCAAACCGUAAUAUGUGUCCAACAGUUUGAUUCAAUCGACAGAUUUUUAGCACACAAUCGAUGGUUAAUACCGUUUAUCAUCGAUAAUACUGUCGGCAAUUGUAAACUAGUCAGCGGUACGACACCCGAUAGGCUAUUGUUGGCCAGUAUUAAGAUUGUUAACAAAUUUGUUAAUCUAUUUAUUUAUACAAAUAAUUAUGAAUUG